AAAUACAGUGUGAUGGCAAAAUUCUCAGACCCUCCUUUGAUGUGGAUGGAAAGAGCUGCUACAAGUCUUUUUGGGGUGAAGCGGUAUGGAGUCCAUAUCAAUGGUUACACUGUCAGUGACAGUGGGGAAGUCAGCAUGUGGCUGGCACGACGCUCCCCCACCAAGCAGACAUACCCGGGACUACUGGACAAUGUGGCAGCAGGUGGUCUGGCUGCUGGUGUUGGCAUCAAACACACUCUGGUCAAAGAAUGUGAGGAGGAAGCUUGUAUCCCAGCAGCCAUUGCUGAGAAGGCUCGUCCUGUAACCACAGUAAGCUACACCUACGUGGAUGAAGGCGAGGUGUUUGCAGAAUGUCAGUUUGCCUUUGAUCUGGAACUUCCUCUGGAUUUUAAGCCUAUAGUGGGGGAUGGAGAGGUGCAGGACUUCUACCUCCUGCCCAUAGAUAAGGUAAAGGAACUGGUGGCCACUGACGACUUUAAACCCAACUGUGCCAUGGUGGUCCUAGACUUCCUCAUCAGACAUUCGUUUAUUGAGCCAGACACAGAGCCCUGCUAUCAGGAAUUUGUGGCGGGACUCCAUCAGACAUUAGAGUGAAGCUGAGGACUGAGGCCACUGUCAGAGGCCGAGACACCACAUACUGCGCUUAUCCCAAUAAUGUUAGCCACGCAGAAGCCAAGCAAGUGCUGAGUGCUCAGUUUCUGCUUUGAGAGAACACCAAGAAUCCACUGAGCCUGGCAACAGUCCAUGAUCUCAGGUGAACUGAGUGCUGGAUUUGGGACUGAUUUUUAUUAGGUUGGUCGACAAAGACAGACUAAACCAGGGGUCGGCAAUCUUUACUAUCAAAAGGGCCAUUUUUGGUUUGAAGAAACCUGGAACCACAAAACAUGUCUGAGCCUUAUAAUAUUAAUUACAUUACUGGUAAGCCAGCAGCAUUGGUGGUGAAAGCAGACAAAUCUGUCUCUAUUUUCCUUUAUCUUUGGUUGGAUUUGGAAUCCAUAGGUAGUUUCAGAGACUCAAGACUAGUAGCCACCACUAUUGACGUUUGGCAAAAUAUAGAGGACAAGGCUCUAGGUCAGGACGUAACUCAUGAUACACAUUUAGGUUACGAAAUGUUUAAAAAAGUCAGAUUCUUUACCAACUUAAAAAUCCCGCAGCUCAAAAGAAGCAGAGCGAACAGUUCAACGGGAGUUUCUGGACUCCCUCUUUAACUCUACGGAUUCUGAUAUUGUCUCGUCUGUUUUUUUUUUUAUGCUCAGUAUUUUUUAUGAAUCGAAACGUAGGCACGUCAUCAGAAAUAAUCUGAAGACUAAGUUUUAGUAUAAAUCUAAGAACGCUGUUAUAUAUGAGGCCCCAGGUGAGUCUGCUCACAAGCUUAGAUUUCUCUGUAGCUUGUAUUCGGGUUUCGGGACAUCAGUCCUCUCUUCAGCCUCCCCGAUCGACCUGUUUGUUUUGUUGAUUUUGUCUCAAAUCGCUUUCAGCUGCAGACUGUAUUUCCUGAACUCCCUCGCUUCUCUGAAGGCCCAGGUUUGUCAUUUGUCAUACACCAUUUACUGUACAUGAGAUCAAUAAACUUGUUUCAAGGCAACUGA